AUGGACGAUCGUGGCUCUGACACCAUAAAUAGCGAGAUUCCAAGUAAUCUGAUCCUGCAAAAAGUAUCCCCCAAAGUAUGGCUUCCGGCGCUGACGGUAAUGUGGGGAAUCGUUACGAUGUGUCUGGGUUUUGUCACCAACUACACUGGGUUUAUGGUAGUCAGAGCAGUUCUCGGACUUACCGAGGGUGGGCUUCUACCGGGAAUUGUUUUGUACUUGUCCGAAAUGUAUACCCGAACAGAAAUGGCACUGAGGCUCGGUAUUUUCUACACAGCAGCUUCCCUUAGCGGUGCAUUUGGGGGCCUACUCGCCCGUGGGCUCACAUCCAUUGGGAAAGUUGGAGGCCAAGAGAAUUGGAGCUGGAUUUUUAUCAUUGAGGGACUGAUUACUAUCGUCGUUGGCACCAUUUCGUAUUUCUUGUUGCCAAACGGUGUUGAUUCCGCCAGCUUCCUCACUCAUGAACAACGCCAAUUCGCCAGAGCGCGGCUUCACUUAGAUAUGCCAUCACGGUUGGCCCAUGACGGCGGUGAACAUAAGCAAGAAGCUUUUAGAUGGUCUGAGGUUAUGAGGGGCCUGUUCGAUCUCUCGACAUGGCUAAGUGCUUCGGCAUACUUUGGCAUCGUGGCCGGACUGUACUCCUUUGGACUCUUUCUUCCUACUAUCAUCGUCGAGCUCGGAUAUACCGCCAACGAAGCUCAGCUCUGGUCCGUCAUCCCGUACGCAGUUGCAUCUGUGGUUACAGUCAUUAUAUCCAUUGUCUCGGAUCGUCUGAAACUUCGAGGCAUAAUCGUGCUGUUUGUACUGAUUCCAGCGAUCUGCGGGUAUGCUGUCAUUGCGAAUAUUAGCGCGCAGCACCCCAAAGUGAAAUAUGGGAUGACUUUCCUCAUGGCUACAGGAAUGUAUGCUAGCAUUCCCUGUAUUCUGGUUUGGAACUCCAACAACUGCGCCGGCCACUACAAACGGGCGACCACGACGGCAUUACAACUAUGUAUUGCAAACUGUGGUGGUUUUGUUGCGACCUUUAUAUAUCCGAACAUUGAUAAGCCGCAAUUCCACAAAGGCCAUACCGUCGUCCUUAGCCUCUUGGUGUCUGCCUGGUUUUUGGUUCUUUUCAAUGUCCUGUACUGUGCAAAGAAAAAUAGGGGCAAAGCGAACGGGAAAUACGACAGAUAUAUCGGCUUUGCAGAUGAUAGAGAUCCCGAAUUCAAGAUGAUACUCUGA